GGAGAGGAGGGCCGGCGGGCGGGCGGCGGUCACUCACUGGCCAGGCGUGGGCGCACGCGGGGCCGCACUGAGUGCAGAACGUCGUCCGCCUCGUCGCCUGAGCCUCGAGCACUCUCGGCCGCCGCGUCACCUGCCCUCCGUGCUUUCGUCCGGCCCUCGGCCCCGCUGCGCGGCACCAUGCCCGCCGUGGACAAGCUCCUGCUAGAGGAGGCGUUGCAGGACAGCCCCCAGACUCGCUCUUUACUGAGUGUAUUUGAAGAAGAUGCUGGCACUCUCACGGAUUAUACCAACCAGCUGCUCCAGGCGAUGCAACGCGUCUAUGGAGCCCAGAAUGAAAUGUGCCUGGCUACUCAACAGCUUUCUAAGCAACUGCUGGCAUAUGAAAAACAGAAUUUUGCUCUUGGCAAAGGCGAUGAAGAAGUAAUUUCUACACUCCACUAUUUUUCCAAAGUGGUGGAUGAGCUUAAUGUUCUCCAUACAGAGCUGGCUAAACAGUUGGCAGACACAAUGGUUCUACCAAUUAUACAGUUUCGAGAAAAGGAUCUUACAGAAGUAAGCACUUUAAAGGAUCUUUUUGGACUCGCCAGCAAUGAGCAUGACCUCUCAAUGGCAAAAUAUAGCAGGCUUCCUAAAAAAAAGGAGAAUGAAAAGGUGAAGACUGAAAUUGUAAAGGAGGUGGCAGCUGCCCGGCGGAAACAGCAUCUUUCAUCCCUUCAGUACUACUGUGCUCUCAACGCGCUGCAGUACAGAAAGCGAGUGGCCAUGAUGGAGCCCAUGCUAGGCUUUACCCACGGACAGAUUAACUUUUUUAAGAAGGGAGCAGAGAUGUUUUCCCAAAGUAUGGACAGCUUCUUAGCCUCCGUUGCAGACAUGGUUCAAAGCAUCCAGGUGGAACUGGAAGCGGAAGCGGAGAAGAUGCAGGCAUCCCAGCAAGAAUUACUUUCUCUUGAGGAAGCUGUUUACACUCCAGAUUUCGAUGUGGCUGCACCCCAGAUCAACAGGAACCUCAUCCAGAAGGCUGGUUACCUUAACCUUAGAAAUAAAACAGGGCUGGUCACCACCACCUGGGAGAGACUCUACUUCUUCACCCAAGGCGGGAAUCUCAUGUGUCAGCCCAGGGGCGCCGUGGCUGGAGGCUUGAUCCAGGACCUGGACAACUGCUCAGUGAUGGCGGUGGACUGUGAAGACCGACGAUACUGCUUCCAGAUCACCACUCCCAAUGGAAAAGCGGGAAUAAUCCUCCAGGCGGAAAGCAGAAAGGAAAACGAAGAGUGGAUAUGUGCAAUAAACAACAUCUCCAGACAGAUCUACCUGACUGACAACCCAGAGGCAGUCGCCAUCAAGUUGAAUCAGACGGCUCUCCAAGCAGUGACUCCAAUUACAAGUUUUGCAAAAAAACAAGAAAGCCCUUGCCCCAGCCAGAACAUGAAAAAUUCAGAGGUGGAAAAUGACAAGAUUGUUCCCAAAGCAGCAGGCAUACCUGAAGCUGAACAACUAAUUGCACCUGGAACACCUAUUCAGUUUGACAUUGUACUUCCUGCUACAGAAUUCCUUGAUCAGAACAGAGGGAGCAGGCGUAUCAACCCUUUUGGUGAAACUGAGGAUGAGACGUUUCCAGAAACAGAAGAUUCUCUUUUGCAACAGAUGUUUAUAGUUCGGUUUUUGGGAUCAAUGGCAGUUAAAACAGACAACACUACUGAAGUGAUUUACGAAGCGAUGAGACAAGUAUUGGCUGCUCGGGCUAUUCAUAACAUCUUCCGUAUGACAGAAUCCCAUCUGAUGGUCACCAGUCAAGCUCUGAGGUUGAUAGAUCCUCAGACUCAAGUAACAAGGGCCAACUUUGAACUCACCAGUGUCACCCAGUUUGCUGCUCAUCAAGAAAACAAGAGACUGGUUGGCUUUGUGGUCCGCAUGCCCGAAUCCACAGGCGGAGAGUCCCUGAGCACAUAUGUUUUUGAAAGCAACUCAGAAGGCGAAAAGAUAUGUUAUGCUAUUAACUUGGGAAAAGAAAUCAUUGAGGUUCAGAAGGAUCCAGAAGCAUUGGCUCAAUUAAUGCUGUCCAUACCACUAACCAAUGAUGGAAAAUAUGUACUGUUAAACGAUCAACCAGAUGACAAUGAUGGAAGUCCAAGUGAAAACAGAGGCGCAGAAUCUGAAGCAUAACCUUCUUGCGCCUUUGGGUGAAGAGCACCCAGGAAGGAGAGCUACCUCCUUAAGGGUUUUCAACUUCUCUGAUACAGGCACACCACUUGGCUUCAGAAUGCUGACAGCUGCUUGUGGAACGUACUAUUGAUGCCUUGAUACUGAGACUUGGGAGGGAAACAGUAAGAAAUGGUUGACAACAUACCCAUCUACAAAUGUUAUUUUAGGUGCUUUGUGGUAAGUCCUUUUCUUAGAUUGCAUUGUUCAGCGCUCAGAAUGAAAGCUAUGGAAAAAAUGCAUUGUUCACUUUAUUUCAGUGUCAUCUCUUUUCAGUUUCCAGUAUCUUUUCAAAAAAUGGUAAAAGCCUAGAUUUAUAAUUUGAUAAACACUAAAUAUUUCCUAUUAAUAUAAUCUAUUUUUGUAUUUUACUUAAUGAGCUUUAAGUGCCUGUCAUUCUGAAAAUUGUAUAUUUAUAAUCAAGUUUGUCUCGUAAUUGGACCUAACAGCAUUAAUGUGCAGUUAGGUGAUGAGCCCUGUGCUUUGAGGCGCAAGCACUAGCAGAAUGCAGGUCUAAACAUCAUGCAGUAAAAAGACAAGCAGAUGAGUACCACAAAAGAUGUUUCGUUUUACAGUGGAACCUUAAUGAACCAGCAUCCAGAAGUUCAUGGUCCUUUAGAUACUGUUUUUAGGGGUGGAUCACCAUGGACAGGGUGCAGCUCUACCAAUGCCUGUUUCUUCUGAGCCAGACCCUCCUUAAAGAAGGGACCAAUUAACUUUAAAACUCACUUGAAGCACAGCUGGCCAUGGGGCUUGGUAUAAAAGUUCCAAUUUCCAUCCUGACACAGACGGUUCCAGGCAUCCCAGCCCACUAGGAAACAAGUAUAAUGAUCUUUAAUUGGUACAGUAUGUUUAAUUAUAACAAAGUUCAACAGAAAUAUCACUUUCUUUGUAAUAAAUUAACCUAGCAAUAAAAGCUAGCAAAUAAAAACUUUGUUUCUUUU